AUGCAAGCAGGGGAGAUGCGAGUGUGGGUGGGAGGGAGCCUCUUCACCGUGGACUCGAUGCUGCUGGUGCGCAGCUGCGACUAUUUCCAGGCUCUCUUCCGCUCAGGGAUGAGGGAGUGCUGCCAGGGGGAAGUGCGACUCCAAGGGCUGCCUGUACGUGGCUUCCUGACAGCUCUGGCAGUGUCCCGGGGUGAGCGGCCUUCCCUGAGCGUCGACGAGGCAGUGGAGGCCACCGAAUGCGCUGCCUUCCUGCAGGCACGCCCUUUAGCGCAGCACCUGUCCAACCUCAUUGAUUCCAGCAACUGUGUGCAACUGUGCCAUGCCGCGGCCACCUUUGGGCUGUGGGAGGUCUUCCACCAGGCAGCGCUAUUUAUUAGGGACAUGUAUGGUGAUCUAGUGGAGGAGGUGUGCUUCCUGCCAUCCGAAUUGCGGGAGUAUGUGGAAUCGCUGGCUCCCAGCUCCUUUGUGGCCAUGGGCACGCAUUCCCCCUCCAUGGAGUUGCUCCAGGAUUCCUUCCGCAACAUCUGCUACCUGGACGAAGACGGAGGAGAGUGGAAGCAUCUGACAGACCUUCCCAUCGAUGCCAGCACCUCCAUGGCAGGUGUGGCUGUUUUGGACAACCGAUUGUAUGUGGUAGGGGGUGUGCGAGGGGUCAGCAAGCAGGUGGUGAACUCCUGCUUCUGCUAUGAUCCUUUGAGUGACUUCUGGAGUACCUUUGGGGGCCCCCAGCAACCACGCUACAACUUCACACUUGUGGGCCACGAGGGACGGCUGUACGCUAUUGGCGGAGAGUUCCAGAAUGUAGUCAUGUCCUCGACAGAGGUGUGCGACCUGGCCUCCCACUCGUGGUCCUCCGUGAGCCCCUCUCCAUGGCCGGUGGCUGGUGCUGCAUGUGCCAAGGCCAUGAGCCGGAUAUUUGUCUGCUUCUGGAGACCCAUGGAGACCACGGACAUCUAUGAGUACAUGCCAGACUGGGAUGAGUGGCGGCUCCUCACGACACUCAUUCGGCCCCAAAGCUAUGGGCACUGCAUGGUGGCUCACCGUGACAACCUAUAUGUGAUGCGGAACGGACCCUCAGCUGACUUCCUCCGCUGUCUGAUGGACUGUUAUAAUCUCACCACUGGCCAAUGGUCAGCCGUGCACAGCCGCUACGUCAACAGCCGGGGUGCCCUGUUCACGGCCGUGGUGCGUGGUGACUCUGCCUUCACUGUCAAUCGCUCGCUCACACUGGAGUACACUAUUGGCGACGACCGCUGGAUACCGCGGCGAGAGAUGAAUGGCUUUCCAAGGAGUGGUACAGUGUGGACAUUCUUACUGAGACUUCCCCAGACAAGUCGUCCAGGUACAAUAGGUACAGCGGACGGAGCACUUUUGACACGUAGACCCAGUUAUUCCAGGGCUGCCAGACACAGCAGACACAAUGGACACAGCAGGUAG